GCAGCGGGCUCCCCCCCCCCCUUCCCCCCUUCCCGGCGGUGGUUCCUCCGCUGUCGGCGUGUGGCGGGUUGGUCCGGUCCCUAGCUGCCUCAGUAGCGAUUCCAGCUCCGGUGGUGCUGGGCGUUGACUGCCGGAGGCGGCUGGACCCGCCAGCGUGGGCCAUGCGGAAAGCGCGGCCGCAUGGAGGAGACCGGAAAUUGCUUCCCCUUCGGGAAUUCCGGUGGCAGACCCCACCCAUGCCCCGUCCUUGGAGGACCAAAAAAUCAGUGAUCAGUCCUCCAGAGCUCCCCACUUCCUGUUGGGGAAGCCGUUCCCUUGGAAACCGCAGUCAAUGCAGAUCUUCUCAGGAAGAAAGGGAGACGGGCGGCCGCACAGCCGUGCCAUGGCAGAAGGCUGCCCGGUGGAGGCGGCGGCGCCGAGCCGUGCGUGGGACGCGCAGCUCCCUGCCUGCCCCUCCUCCAGCUCGCUUAUCAGCGCCCGCAGCUGCCCUUUUCCUUAUGACCGAGAGACUCGGGUCAUAGAAGUUUUAAAGAUUUUUUCAGUGUUUCUCAUGCGCUAGCCUUCAAUUUCUUUUAAAUCGGUAGCCUGUAAAAUUCAGACAGCGUGCAUGUGUUCUGGGAUGUUUUAGGAAGGACUUGUAAGUUUUUUUUUUUUGAGAAGAAAGGAGACAGUGUCUGAAGCUGUGCUUUUUUAAAUGACUGCUGCUUGAUGUGCUAACAUUUUUUUUCAAGCGUUUUUCACUUAGUGAGAGAGAGCUUGGCCAUGUGAAGUCAGUGUUUAGUGCUUUCUAAGUGUCUCUUCUACAGUUGAUGAAUGAAUGUGUGUGAAAGUUGAAGGAGGAGGAGUGAAGAAAGAGAAGUAUUAGUGUUCACUGGAUUAUUUGCUUAGUCUAUGUUAUAUUUUAGAAGAUGCAGACAGGAGGAAGAGUUGGAAUUUGUGGAAGGUACAAAAGCAAGAAGAAUUUGUUUGGUAGAUAUUUCAGAGAGGCAUGGUGUAAGUAAAGAUGUGAUGGAGUGCAGGAGCAAGAAGAGACUUUUGCCUGUCAUCAGGGAUGUGGUGAUAUAGAAAGAUACCAGAAUUUAGAUAGGAGAUGUUUAGUUAGUCCCAGGAACAAGGAGUAAUUUGUUAAGAUGAGAAUUACAAGUGAAAUUAGAAAUAAGAGUGGCUCCAAAAGAUGAAAUAAUUUGGCAGACCAGGAAGCUAAGGUGCAGCAGAGAAUGAAGCUAAAAGGUUCAUGUUAAUAUUAACUCCAAAUAAGGAAAAUUGAAAAUUCCAGAAUUUAGUGAAAUAGAGGAAAAAGAAUUGAAGGAGAUAAGAGGUAAACCAGAUGAAUCAAAGAAACAGAAACUUCUUGAUAGAAGGCAAUUACUUAAUAAAGUACUUACUAGAAAAAUAUUAGAAGACAUGCAUCAGAAAACUCACUGAGGUACCCAAGCUUUGUGUGAUUAUUUCCUAAGAAACUAUGAAUACAUUGGGAUUUGUAGGAUAACAGAGAAGAUAACUGAAAGAUGUAUAACUUGUCAAAGGAUAAAAUAAAAAGAUAAUGAGGAGAACUACACUGGAAGGUAAGGAAUUAGCCUUUAGACCAUUUCAAAGUAUCCAAGUAGAUUUUACAGAACUUCCUCAAGUUCAACGAUGGAAAUAUAUAUUAGUAAUAACAGACCAUUUAACUCAUUGAGUGGAGGCAGUUCCCACUGCCAAGGCUACUGCUAAUGUGGUAAGUAAAACCCUUUUGAAACAAAUUAUUCCAAGAUGUGAGAUGGUUAAUAAAAUAGAUUCAGACAGAGGAACACACUUUACAUCAAAAGUGUUACAACAAUUAAUUCAAGCUUUGGGGACCCCAGGCCCAGCAGCUCUGGCUUUGUAAGAAAACCCUAACAGAAGCUGUGAGGCAGCUGUACCAGGACCCCCCUGACCUUAGGCCCCUCUGAGCAUUGGGGUCUAAGAAGAGAAUGAAUAUCUUUGUCCCCAAGAGGGAAAUCCCAGAAGCCCCAGGGUGUCCUUGGGGAAGUGUUCCUAAGUUCUGCUUCUGUUUGUCAAUAAUGCUGGGGUUGGUGUUGUUUGUUAACCUGUGUAUACACACCAGAAAGGAACUAUUAUUAUAGUCCCAGAUCUUCGCCUGAGAGGCCCCUAAUUUUCAAAAUUACAAUAAUUCAGAGGGAGAGAAUUUGAAUUCUUCAUUACAAGGGUGGCUCCAGCUUUUCUGUGGCAGAUACCUGUCUUUCAGACUAAGACAGGACCAUUUUUUUAGUUAUCCUAUAAAACUUAGGUGUGAUAUUUAUAACAGUAUUUUAGCAUUGUAAAGCUUGUAUUCCAAGAUUUUGUUAAAACCUAUGAUCAAUUUAAUAUGCUGCUAUUUCUGUUGGCUAUAUGGUGCACACACAGAUAGAUUAUGUUGUGCCAAAAUGCAAUUCAAAGGAAUUAUAAAUUGCACCAUAUCAAAAUUGUUGUGAUUAAUAUCUCUAACUCCAAAAUGAGAAGGUCCUUUUCAGGUAUUGCUGGCACUGAGGCUGCGAUCCGGACCAGGGAACAAGGGUGGAUCCACGCCAGCAGAAUCAAAGGACCUGUGGAAAAGCCUAAGGAGUGGACAAUAUCAUCGGAACCGGGUGAUACGAAAUUAACCCUAAAACGGGAAUGAGAGGUGAUGAACUGGGGAGAUCCACAUGAUCCAGGAAACAUACGCAGGAUCACACCUGACUGGAAACUUAGACUGAGUUUUGCAUCAGUAGUUUCAAAUACCACCUGAGAAAACUUUAAGACACCUCCAGUACCCUCCAUGGGGAGGAUACUGCCACCGCAGACAGGAAGAUCAGAAAUGUUUCGGACAGAAAACCCCUGUAAUUUUUGGCCUUAGCCUGUGAUUUAUAUAAAGAGGAGGGUGAAUUACAACCUCAUAUAUUGCCAAGCCAAAUACCCUGUUUGAUUCACCCAAAUACUGGACAUGCUGGUUGGUUUAAAUGUGUUUGAGCUGUGGGAAAAAUUGGUACUGUAGUUCACACAAAAGACACUCUCGUUGCAUGAAGUGUAGAGUGUCACCUGAGCCCCCUAUCCAAGCAGAACUUGGAGCUACUGAAAUAAUAACUUAGUUGUGUGGUUGGGAGUUAUUAGUGCCUCUUGAAUGGGAGAUAGCUGAGAAAAAGUGGGAGACCACCAUUAAAGAGUGUCAGAAACUAUAUGCCUGGAAAUUAGCCAAGGAAAAGUGACAAUAGACGAGAGGGCAAGACCAGAUUGGCCUCUAUAAUCGCCACCGAGAAGAUCACAUACACCUGCUGUGGGCUGCAACCCCAUAGGCAUGGGAGGUGGGAGUAUAAGCCAUACUGGACCUCUCCUUUUUCUGUCACUCCUUUUCUGUUUCUUCAUUUUUGAAAUAUUAACCAGGCCAUGCUAUAUGGAAAGACACCGAGGCUCCUUCUUUAUUUCUCAUACUCAUGUCAACAGUCACUGUUAUAACCCUUCCAAAUUGGGAAAUUGUAUACACAAUGGGAAAAAGUAUUGGAUUGCUGAAAAUUUAAGGGGAAGUGAAUGCGCAAAAGGGGAUAAAUGGAUGUGUUUCACCCACAUUACUAGGAGUAAAGCAAAGGAUUUGGUAAAAGAGCAAUUGAUAAGCAAACAGGCUAGGCCAACACCACCACCUAAACCUGUACCAAUCUCACUGGAUGGUUUGUAUAAGAAGUUGGAACAACAACUAGAGAAAGAAAUAGAUAUUUCACAGAUGGGUAAAAAUCUGUUUGUAGAAUUGGGAGAAAGAAUAAGUAAAGAACUUAACAUAACCAAUUGUUGGGUCUGUGGAGGGGCCUUGAUGUCAGAAGAAUGGCCAUGGAAAGGCAGCAGCUUAGGCCCCAUCGAGCUCCUUAAGUGGAACCAAAUAAGCAUAAGGAGAGAAAAUCGACCAGGGGGAUGGAUUUUGAGUUCAGUAGUUAUAGGGGAAGAAUGUCUUUGGCGUGAAGGAAAAAGCUCCUCCAUGAAGUAAGAAAAACUCCCUGUAAAAGAUACAAGGUUAGUAAUGGAACCUCUGUAUGGUGGGUCCCAGAAGAACCUACCAUGUACUGGACCCAGAAAGAAGAAAAAAAAGGAAAUUGUAAAUAUAAUUAUGAAAUCAGGCUUUUUCAGUGUAAUGAUACAGGAAAAAAUCCCUAUGUUGGCAUCCCAGAGAUUUCAAAAUUUUGGGAGAAUAUGGAUGAACAAAAACUGGAUUAUUGGAAAGCACCAGACGGUCUGUUCUGGAUAUGUGGAAAAAAGGCAUACCCAAAACUUCCCCCCCAGUGGAAAGGGAGCUGUACUCUGGGUGUCAUACAACCAGGAUUUUUUCUUUUGCCUGGACCUGAAGGGGACCACUUGGGGAUACCAGUUUAUGAGGAUCUAAAAAGAAACAAGAGAGACCUAAUUGGAGGAUUCCAAAAAUGGGGAGAUGAUGAGUGGCCCCCUGAACGGAUACUAGAAACGUACGGGCCAGCCACCUGGGCACAAGACGGGAGCUGGGGAUAUCGAACUCCCAUUUAUAUGUUAAAUCGUAUCAUAAGGCUUCAGGCAGUCGUAGAAAUAAUAACAAACAAAACUGGUCUGGCCAUGGAAUUAAUAUCCAGGCAACAAACUCAAAUCAGAGCCGCAGUGUACCAAAACAGAUUAGCACUAGAUUACCUAUUAGCUGAAAAAGGAGGCGUUUGUGAAAAAUUCAAUACAUCAGAUUGUUGUUUAUAAUGGAGAUACUAUCCUAGAUAUAAUCAAUGAUAUCAGAAAAAUCACCCAUGUACCAGUUCAGAAGUGGGAAUCCAUGCUAAGUACCAGCUGGUGAGAUAAUGUGUUAGGAGUAGAAUGGUGAAAGAAACAAGGCUUUUUCCUCUUAUGUGCUACAGCUAGUUUAAUAUUCUUUCCUUGCUUGAUCCCUUGUUUUAUUAGAUUAAUCACUAGUGUAGUUCAAGGUAUGCAAUUAGUAACCUUAGAUCAAAAGAUGGAUACAACAAAAAAACGGUGCAAAAGAUUAUGGUAUUAAGGAAACAAAAUAAAGUAGAAGACCCCCUCCAAAAAGCUAGACUGAUUUAUGAAGAAAAUAAACAUAGAAGGGAUGCAAGAGAGCGGUAAAUAUCCGCUCGAGCCAAUGUAUUAUAACAAGAAAGAGGAGGGAUUGUGAAAAAGGCAUAUUGUAUAUGUGGCUCUACGCAGAUAUUUACUAUAUGUAAUCUGAUAGAUAGAAAAGUUAUACUAUAUUAACAUUAGAAUAAUAUAGUGAAUGUAGUUUUGUAAUUAACAGUAAGUUAUAGUACAAUAGAAGCUGUGUAUGUGUGUUAUAUUUUUUUGCUCAAGAAGAGAAAUUCCUCAGCACAGAGAUAACAUUCACAGAGGCCCCUAAACCUUACAGAGGCCUCUAAACCUUCUAGUGAAGAAGAAUUUAUGGCCUCUUAUCCACAGAACCUAACUUUCUCAAGGACGUAUGCUCUCAUGCGUUCUUUUAAUUAACAGAAAACUUUUGUGACAAGAAACAGCUGAAAAUUACUCGUUUUACGUAAGAUAUGAAUAGUCAUAAACUGAAGGCUUAAAAAAAGAAGACUUCUCUUUGUUCGGGGCCCUUCUCCUUCCUAGCCUUUGUCUGGGAGGGAGGGGGGACAAAAGCCCGGGCUACCUUCUUUGCUCUUGUUGUCUCAUUAUUUGUCCUGUCUCUGAAAACUUUUUUUAAAAACUUUUAUUAUUGUAUUAAUAUUUUUGUAACCAAUUUUUAUUCUUUAUUAAAUAUUCAUAAAUUUAAAAAAAACGAAUGAUUGGCGUUUAUCACACGGAAGAUCUUCAAGAUCCUGAAAUUUGACAGUGAUGUCUCUCUUUUGUUUCUCAUUUUUACACCUGCUCUGUCAAAAUCUCUCACAAUUUAAAUAGGACAAAUAAAAAGUGAUAUGCCUUAAGAGUCAGAGUCUAGUAUAAUGCAGUAGCAGGGUUCUGCCAAUUCCCCCCUAAAUAUAAAGUAACAAUGUUAUUAAAUGACAGUACACCAGGCAUGCCAGUUACAGAUUUGUCAUUGCAUGUGACAUUCAAAAUUCAAAAAGAAAACCCUAUUGCACAGUUACUUAUUUAAUUCCAGAACUAGCAGGCCAUUCUAUGGGUUGUUAAAGGCAGCUGCAUGUAUAGUAGUGUGCUUUCUGGAAUGGUAAUAUUUGCCUCCUGUGUUCUAAUAACUUUUCCUGUUGUUUUGUGUACAUGAAUUCCCAAAAAGUUUACUUGAGUUGGUUAUGUGGUCAAUCAGAAGUUGACUAAGUGGAAAAAACCAACUGUGUGACACAUCUGCAAAAUGCUUUGUUCUGAUGAUUCAGGCAGGAAAUCUGCGUAUGCAGACCUUCCAUAAUUUCUACCAUGAAGUGUAAAAUAAGUGAAUAUUUUUCUUUAUAUAAUUGAGUCUUUGUUUGUUGUGCUUGAAAGGUAUUGCUUAUGUCUCACAGAGAAUGCAAUUGUUUUUGUUCUCAGUUUCUUUAGAAAUGGUCAUUGCUGAAAUAUUUAGAAAUGCAUCUGCCCAUAAUGCUGUCGUACUUUGCUGAGGGAAUCUAUAAGGUAGAACAUUCAAGCAGUGUGACUUUUUUUUUUCUGGUUUCUGAUUUCCUGGUAGGAUCGAGCUGGGGGAGAGCUACAGCUGAGAGAUUUGGCCUGCAAACCGAAAUGCCGACUGCGAGACCUGGAGGAAAAACUAGCUGAAACUCGUGCGGAGCUCUGCCUGAUGGAACGAUCUGAAGUGUUCUCCUGCUGACGACUGCAAAACCAUAAAGAAGUUAAAGAAACUGAAUGACUAUGAGCAGCAACUCCAACUGUUGCAGGAGGAGAUUUCUAUCCUGGAUUGCCAAAGGUCUGCUCUCCAGUGCAGGCUUGGCUGGAGCUGCUCUCCUUGCCGUCCUUGCAAGCCCUGCGACCCCUGCGACCCCUGCAGCCCCUGCAUCCCGUGUGACCCCUGUGACCCGUGCAAGCCCUGCAAGCCUUGCAAGCCCUGCAUCCCCUGUGACCCCUGCGACCCCUGCAGCCCUUGCAAGCCCUGUAUUCCCUGCGACCCCUGCAGCCCUUGCAAGCCCUGCAUCCCCUGCGACCCCUGCAGCCCCUGCAUCCCCUGUGACCCGUGCAAGCCCUGCAAGCCCUGCAAACCCUGCAAGCCUUGCAAGCCCUGUGACCCCUGCGACCCCUGCAUCCCCUGCGACCCCUGCAUCCCCUGCGACCCCUGCAGCCCCUGCAAGCCCUGCAUCCAUUGACCCCUGCGACCCCUGCAGCCCCUGCAAGCCCUGCAUCCCCUGUGACCCCUGCGACCCGUGCAAGCCCUGCGACCCCUGCAGCCCCUGCAAGCCCUGCAUCCCCUGUGACCCCUGCGACCCGUGCAAGCCCUGCAUCCCCUGUGACCCCUGCGACCCCUGCAGCCCCUGCAUUCCCUGCGACCCCUGCAGCCCCUGCAAGCCCUGCAUCCCCUGUGACCCCUGCGACCCGUGCAAGCCCUGCAUCCCCUGUGACCCCUGCGACCCCUGCAGCCCCUGCAUUCCCUGCGACCCCUGUGACCCCUGCAGGCCUUGCAGCCCCUGCAAGCCCUGCAGCCCCUGCAGAAUUUCCGUGAAGACCUGGUCACCUGGCCAGUGCAGGCGGGCCAACGCUUCUCGUCGUGCCUGCCUCAUCGCUCGCUUUAACUUCAUUUAUGCUAAAGAGCGCCUGGAUGCAGAGAUCCUUUUGAAGAAAUUAAUCUGUGACAUAGAGAUGGUGCAGAGGACAAUAUACUUUGCAGCUCUGGAAUCUUUCCGUGCAGCAAAGAAGGCCUUCUGGAAGAUCAAAAUAGGCGUAAAAGAGACUUUGGCUAUAGGUCACUGCGGGGGACCUGCAUCACUUGAAAUUGCUGCCCUGAACUAUAUAGCUUGCCACAAGGAUCUGUAUGACGUUUGUUGCAGUGUCCAAGAAGUUGUUUGCACCAUGAAUGUGAACCCAAAGCUUCCAUGUCCAGAAAAUGUUGAUUUCAAUGUGAUCAACUGUUUCAUUCGAGAGGUGUGCUGUUUGGCUUUUUCAAUGCAGACGCUCUGUCCUCCUCUUGAUGUUGCCUACGGUAUUGAUGGAGAAGUUUUCAAUAGGAGCAUGUACUAUCGUAGUUGUGACUCAGAUUUCACAGCUCCCUUUGUGGCCUAUCACGUCUGGCCUGCUCUGAUGGAAAAUGGUACUGUACUUGUGAAGGGAGAAGUAGUCACUAGAAAAAUGGUUCAGUGUUAUCGCAGAAGCAAACUUAGAAGCAGAAGCUGCAGCUGUGGCCAUCGUCUCCUGCCUGGUCAAAUGACUCGAAGCCGCAGUCUUUCAACAGUGCGGUUUAAAUCUACAGGGUGCUAAUUGACCAUGUUCCUGCGGUGCAGUGCAUCUGGAUUCAACAACUUUGCUGGUGCCUCUUCUCUUCAGAAAUACCUCAAAUCUCUCAAUAAUGUGAAUGGCAAUUGUCAAAUGGAGUUUGUGUUCAGUGUGUUUUUUAGCAUUAUAGAAGACUUAUUUAUAAUUUUAGAAAUGGAACUAUUUUGAUUUAAAGAAAAAGAAAGUGCAUGCAGUAUAGGAUCAUUUGGCAAAAUUUGCAAAGCUCUCAGGAAACCAUGAUGUAAUCUUGCAGGUGGAGAUAGAAUUACUGCAUCUAGAAUGUUUGCUUUCCACAGAUUCCAAAUGAUGCAGUUUAUCUUGAUAGGAUGUGUAAUAUAACCUAAAUGGUGAAUGUUGCAGAAUGUUGAGGUUAGCUGUUACUUGAAAACAAUGUAAUCAAUUGGUGCUUAUUUACAAUUUUAGAAAAUAGCUAUCAUCAUAGGAUGUGCCAGUCUCACACAGCAGCCUUUUAAAUAUAUCCUUGUGAUCCACUGAAUUUUCUAACUACAGUGCAGAAGUUGCACAGAACAGUCAUAAACUGCUAAUACUCCAGCAAUACUGGGCUUUAUUGACAUUUAUGUGUGAAUGCACGUGUGUCCUUUAGCAAGGCAGUAAUAGUCCCUGUUUAAAUACAUUCUUACUUAGAAAUUAUUGCAACAAAAACUUGUGGUUUGACACUAGAAGUGUUUUGAAAGUGUGGCACUGAGUAUUUGUAGACUUAAAAGAUUUGAUUGAGGCCUCUUCAGUGUCAGAUUUAAUAGGCUUUCAUACUAUAUUGAUAGAUCAGUAAUUGUUGUGGAUACAGUGAAAAAAAUCCUGUCCAGUUAUCUUUAGGUGUGGGCAUUUAUUGCACUUUAAGUGCAAAAAUUGGAGACACCUGAAGAGAUUUAACAGUGAUAAGAUGUGUGACAUGCCAUCCCACUCAAGCCAGAAAGAAAUGGCCAGAGCCUGGAGAGGGUGUGCAUGUCAGUGGAGAACACCUGAAGGAGCAGCACUAAGGAACUCCAGCCACUCCAGGCAGAAACUCAGCUUCACCAGGAGCCCAGCUUAAAUGCCAAAAAAAGCGGGUAGGAUGGGAAGUAAACAGGAGAAACUAGAGACGUGCAGACCUGCAGGGCUAUGAGCUUAUUGGCAUCCUGAGAAGCGGUGGGAUGGCUCCUGUGUCUGCAGUGCUGGAAUGGAAGGGCAAAGGCACUUCAUGAGGGAAAGGCAGAGGAGACUGUGUCACCCUCUCUGUUGACCAGCUGGAGUGCAUGGCUGAGGAGCUGACAGAGCUUGUGGGUAAGGAUUAAAGGGAGGGCAGGAACAGGUGUCAUUAUUAGUGGGGAACUGCUACAGGCCACCUGGCUAGAAAGAUGGAGUCAGUGAGACCAGCUACAGACAGGUAGGAGCAGCCUCAUGUUUGCCGGCCCUGGUCCUCAUGAGGCACUUCAACCACCCUUAUACCUGUUGAAGGGACAACACAGCAGGGCACAGGCAGUUCAGGAGGUUCCAGAAAUGCAUUGAUGAUAACUUUCUUCUCUUAAGUGACAGAGGAGCCAAGGAGGGGAGGUGUAUGCUGGACUUUGUUCUCACCAACGAGGAGCAGCUGAUGGGGAAUGUGAAGCUCAUGGGCAGCCUGAGCUGCACUGACCAUGAAAUGGUGUAGUUUGAGAUCCUUGAGUCAAUGAGAAGAGUGUGAAGCAAGCUUGCUACUCCACACUUCAGGAAAGCAGACUUUGGUCUCUUCAAGAAUCUCCUUGACAGAGUGCUGUGGGAUAGAGCCCUGGAGGGGCCCAGGAGGAGCUGCAUAUUCAAGGAUAUUCAAGGGUUGUCUCUCCAGGGUCAGAAGCAAUGUAGCUUUACCAAGAUGAAAUCAGGAAAAACACCAGGAGACCUAUAUGGAUGAACAAGGAGCUCCUGAACAAACUUAAACAGGUGUCUUACAGAGGGUGGAAACAGGGAAAGGUAGCCUGGGAUAAAUGCAGAGAAAUUGUCCCAAAACCCAAGGAUCUGUUUAGGAAAGCAGAAGCACCAGCAGAAGUAAAUCCAGCCAAGGGCAUCAUAGGUAAUAAAAAAGCCCCUUCAGAUGCAUCAGCAAUAAAAGAAAGACUAGGCAAAAAUGUGGGUCCUGUUAGGAAGGAUACAGCAGACCUAGUUACUCAUGACAUGGAGAAGAUUGAGGUAUACAAUGACUUUUUCGCCUUGUCUUCACCACUGAGGGCUUCAGGCAUAUUGCCAAAGUUGAAGAAGGUAAAAUCAAGGGCUGGAAGAAUGAAGAACUGUCUGCUGUAGGAAGAGAAAGAGUUUGAGAACAUCUAAGGAGCCUGAAUGUACACAAAUUCAUGACAUCUAAUGAGUAACAUCUACAGGAACUGGCCAAGGAAGUGACUAAGUCAUGAUGCAUCAUAUUUGAGAAGUCAUGGCAGUCCCAUGAAGUUCACAUUGACUGGAAAAGGGGAAACAUAACCCUCAUUAUUAAAAAAGGAAAUAAAGAAGACCCACUGCUUGUGGAAAAAACAGAUGCAUCCUCAUUGUUUUCACUCUGCAGGACAGAGUGCAUUUUAAAUGUAAAAAAGUGUCUGGUGCUCUCUGGCUUGUGAAAUGUUUUUGUUUUGACUGCAGAAACUGUGGGAAGAAGCCAUUAAAAGGAGAAGAGGCACAAAAUCAGAUAAAAUGAUCUGAAAAUGUUGACAGGAGAAGCAGGUUGAGACCGGCAGUUGCGUGUGUCUGUGUGUGUAACACGUGCAGCAUAGCUGAGGACUCACAGCAUGGACUUGGUGAGGCUGCUCUUGCUGGACGAUGCAGCAUAGCAUGGCUUGCAGAUGGGCUGGGUGCUCUCCCUCCUACCCAUGGGACCCUCCUGGCAGGAUGCAGGACCUGUGCUCCCUUGGUGUGUACCCAAACAGGGGCUGUGGUUUGUAGAACACCUUGGAGCAGAGCAAAAACCUUAUGGAACCUUACCAUAGUGACUAGAAAGGUCUAGUGGGGAUUUUAGAUGGAAGAUUGUGUGUUAACCUGGGGAAGCCAACUUAGGGAAAAAAAUUUACAUCUCAUUUUCUUGAGGAAUUGUCUUAAGAAAGGCUCCUUUGCCCAGCAUAGGGCAAAGGACACAAAGAUGAGUAUUUCCCACGAGAUGGCAGUAUUGCCUUAAGAACAGAAAAAUCAAGUUUUUCUUUCAACGCAGUUAAAGCUAUUGCCGUUGUGAGGUUUGCCAGUAAUAAUAGUCACAUAAUAGUCACAGACCAGAGCAGUAUCAACAGGUGUCAAAUGGAGAAUUAGCUUGCUAAUUGAACUAUUGAAGUUUGCUGCCUGAUAAGAGUAUGAAAAUCCUGACAUAUGUGUUGUAAGAUGAACAUCACUAUCAAUACAUUAUUGGAGAAACUUUAGGGUUUUUUUCCUAUUGAGGGGUCAAUUUUUCAAAAUUAAUAAGUCUUUCUAAAGUGAAUAGUAUUCAUCUGGUUGUGUUCUGACCAAUCUUGUCGAAAAACAUAUACAAAAACAAAUCCCAAACUGAAAUUCAGAUUGAAAAUUAACUACUCUUAACAUUUGUCAUUUUAAAAUUACUUCUAGUUCUUACCUAAUUCAAGAAGAUGGCAGCUUGCAAAAUUGUUAUCUUCUGUGUGAUUUGUCGGUUGUGAUGGCUGACUGGCAAGUUGCUUCACUAUUCCCUUUGUCUAUGACUGAAAUAGUUGUUUUUCUAAUGAAGUCUGCAAAGUCUUUUAAUCAGGAACAUACUCCCUGCUUUUAGGUGCAGCUCUGUUUUCUGACCAAAGACAGAGUCAAUUGCACCUGCUGAACUCUCAGGAUACAGCUGGAGAGAACACUGCAGUCACAACAACUGAUUUGGAUAAUUAUAUUCUUCAACUUAUUAAUUGCUGUUGUAAAAGGAAGUUUGUUUAGCACCAUGCCCUAUCUUUAACUGCAGUGUUGUUCCAGAAUGUAAUUUCUUUAAUGCUUGGAAGUUUUCUUUUGAAUCCAGCCCAAAUUUAUUGAUUUCCAGGUUGUACCUCUUUGUUCUUCUGCCAGUGUGAUUACCUUCAGAAGUCCUUGUUUCCCACCUUUGGUAUUUGCCCUACUGUUGAGAGCAAUCAUCUUUUCUCCUAGUUUUUGUUUCUCCAAACUAAAACCACCAAAUAUCCUCUGAAGAGAGGUUUUUCAUAGCCUUGAUUAUCCUUUUGGGUGGCUCUGGGUAUAUUUGUGUUUCAGUCCAUCUUUCUUGAGUACAAAUAGCUAGAAAUGGUGCCCAGUAUUCAGGAUAAGGCCUGACAACAUCUUUAUAUCAUACACUUAUCAGCUUCAUGGUGCCAUUGUAGUGUGUCUGUGGGAAGUGGCUUAAUAUCUCUGAUCACUUAAUAAGCUUCAUUAUCCUCAGUUGUUUCAAACUGAUGAGUCUUUUUCCCCUAGAACUUAAUUCAUCCACACAUUUUUGGUGGCCUCUUGAUGUCUAAAUGCUUUUCAUAUGAAUGGCAUGGUUGUUUUAGAAAUGCUGAACUUUGGACAUUCAUUUGCACACAGACCAUGACAAUGGUGUCUGUGAGUGCCAUGGUGUGUCAUGGUGUGCCCCUCUAUUGCUAAAACUUACUGCAGGGUGAUGCUUUGCAUUAAGCUGCCUGAACAGAUGUUAGUAACCAGCCUUACAAAGCUUCAAAGUAGCUACCUGGAGCUUGAUGAUGCAAAGGAAAAUACUUAACUCUAUUUAUGUGCAGUUUGUCAAGAGAAGAAAUAAAUAUGAAGAGUAUCACUAUAAACUUGCUGAAGUAUAGGAGACCAUUCAGUGGACAGGUCUCUGCCAGUAUUAACAGAAAGAAAUACUAGAAAUUUCUUAUGAAAAGAAUAGAAGUUAUGUACCUGACUGUUUGCAGCAAGAGCUUAAAAUAACAGUGAAAUAUUUUGUAAGUCAUCUAAACUUGCCUUUUGAUUUAUUGAUGACGUGGCUCUCAUUUCUUGAGAUAUGCUUUUUUUUCUUAGUUGUAUUUGACUACCUCUUUGCCAAGGGCCUUCAUAGACAUCUCUACAAUAUAUUUGUCACAGAUAAAAUGCCCUUCUAAAAAUAUUUUCUGCCAUGGUUCUGGAUUUGUGCUGUUUACUGUA